AUGUCGCUCUACUACGACGCCGUGUCAGUCUUGACGGCCCCCGCUUCCACUGGCGGUUCGUUCAAAUCCCGCAUCUACAAUUCACGGUCGCUCAAGGCCUCGCCGGCCCAGCUGUACGCCUUGAUCAUCGAGGCGUCGAAAUGGGAUAUUCUGCUGAAGGAGGUCAUCGAGGCUGCGGGGAUAAUCAAGCUUGAACCAAAGCUUACUCCGCAUCUCGCACUCCUACUUGUACAUGAUCACCUGCUCGCAAAGAACGGCAUUGCAGCCCCGGCCGCACACCCUCUUCGCCAGGCCGUCGAGCGCCACAAGACCCGACUAAGGGGUGAAUUCACCAAGGCGCGCGUGCGCCGCGGAUGCGCCACCGUCGCCGAUCUGAGGGAUGCCAUCCGUCGCGAGAAGGACGCCGCGAAUGGCGACACGGCCAUCUACCCGCGCUGGGUGCGCAUCAACAACGUCCGGACCGACCUCGCCGCCCAGCUGCAGUCCACCUUCGCCUCGUAUCGCCAGGUCGAGUCUCUGCCCGAGCUGGCCCGCCCCGAUGAACCCCGUCUGCGCAUCGACCCGCACAUCCCGGACCUCGUCGCCGUGCCCCCCGGCCUCGACUUCUCGACCUCCCCCGCCUACCGCUCCGGCGAGAUCAUCCUGCAAGACAAGGCCUCCUGCUUCCCCGCCUACCUCCUCCUCGGCGACCAGGAGGAGCCAUGGCGCGGUGACCUGAUGGACGGCUGCGCCGCCCCCGGCAACAAGACCACCCACAUGGCAUCCCUGCUGUCGAAGACCGCCAAAGCCUCCAAGCAGGGCCGCACCAUCCCGCGCUCGCACAUCUUCUCCAUGGACGCAUCGGCCGUCCGCGCAAAGACCCUGCAGAAAAUGGUCUCCGCCGCAGGCGCCGACUCCUUCGUCUCCGUCCUCCAGGGCCAGGACUUCCUCGCCCUCGACCCGCACGAUCCGCGCUUCGAGAACGUCUCCGGUCUCCUUCUCGACCCGUCCUGCUCCGGCAGCGGCAUCAUCGGCCGCGACGACAAACGCAAACGCCGCCAAGACGAACCCGAGCCUUCGCAGCAGACGAAACACCAAAAAGGCCAACGCAAUCCUGAACCCGACACCCCCUCCGCAACAGACGAAAACGACCUCCCCUCCGCGCCCCUCUCCGCCGACCGUCUCACCAAGCUCUCGAACCUGCAGACCCGCAUCGUCGAACACGCCCUCGCCUUCCCUGCCGCCACCCGCAUCACGUAUAGUACCUGCUCGAUCCACCUGCUUGAGAACGAAGCCGUCGUGUCGCGCGUCCUGGCGUCGGAUGUGGCGCGCACCAAGGGGUGGAGGGUUAUGCGACGGGAUGAGCAGCCUGAGGGGCUGAGGAGGUGGAAGUAUCGUGGUGUGAGGGAGGAGAGGGUCCAACGUACCUCUACCUCUAUUGGAGGGGGUGAGGGUGAGAAUGGUGGUUGUGAGGUUCCUGCAGUGGAGGCGGAGGAGGGGAAUGUGGAUGUGAACCUGACGGAUGAGGAUCUCGAGGGUUGUUUGAGGUGCUGGCCUGGGGAUGAUGAAGGGCUGGGUGGGUUCUUUGUGGCUGGGUUUGUGAGGGACGAGAAUGCUGUCAAACAGGUGGAUGUGGAUGAAGAAAAGGAUGAGGAGGAGGGUGGUGAGGAAGAGGAAGACGAUGAGUGGGAGGGAUUCUCCGAUUGA